AUGAGUCGAACGGAGGCCGAUUUGGCGAUUAACAUUCGCAAAGCCACCAGUAUCGGUAAACAUGUUCGGAGCUGUAUCGUGUAUACAUGGGACCACAAGUCCUCCGCCGCGUUCUGGGCGGGCAUGAAAGUCCAGCCUGUCCUCGCCGACGAAGUCCAGACCUAUAAAGCGCUCAUCACAAUACAUAAGGUUUUGCAGGAGGGACAUCCGGCGGUGGUUCGUGAGGCCCAGCAGCAUGUCAAUUGGGUGGACAGCUUGAUGCGCGGUGUCGGAGGAGAUGGUAUUCGCGGAUAUGGUCCUUUGAUUCGCGAAUACGUCUUUUUCCUCGAGUCCAAGCUGGCGUUCCAUCGCAACCAUCCCGAGUUCAAUGGUCUGUUCGAGUACGAGGAGUAUAUUAGUUUGAAGACGAUCAACGAUCCGAAUGAGGGUUACGAGACGAUUACCGACCUCAUGACUCUGCAGGAUCAGAUCGAUGCGUUCCAGAAGUUGAUCUUCUCGCAUUUCCAGUCGGGAACGAACAACGAGUGCCGGAUCUCGUCGCUGGUGCCGCUGGUGCAAGAGAGCUAUGGUAUCUACAAGUUCAUUACGAGCAUGCUGCGCGCCAUGCAUACAACGACUGGCGAUGCCGAGGCCCUGGAGCCUCUCCGAGGCCGCUACGAUGCCCAGCAUCACCGCCUGGUUCGGUUUUACUACGAAUGCUCGAACUUGCGCUACUUGACCAGCCUGAUCACGAUCCCCAAGUUGCCCCAGGACCCUCCCAACUUGCUUGGCGACGACGAAGAACGGCCGGCUCUACCCAAGCGACCUACCAGGGAGAUCGAGGCCGAACCCACUCCGCCACCGAAGGUCGCCGCCGAACCCGAGCCGAUCAGCGACUUCUGGACCACCGAGGCCAAGCGCCAGCAGGAGGAGUUCGAAGCGGAGCAGCGACGCCUGCAGCAGCAGUGGGAGGAACAACAACGCCAGCAGAUCCUGGCGCAGCAGCAAGCUCAGAAUGACUUUGAUGAGCAGCAACGUCUCCAGGCCGAGCAGGCCCGGAUUGCGCAGGAGCAGCUGUUGCGCGACCAGUUCAGCACUCAGACCCAGGGUCGGCUGGCGGAGCUUGAGCAGGAGAACCUGAACGCAAGGGCGCAAUUCGAACGCGACCAGCUGAUGCUGCAGCAAUACGAUCGCCGCGUGAAGGACCUGGAGGAGCAGAUGAACCAGUUGACCUCGAACCUGAACAUGCAGAACGCCUCCCGAGACGACCAGAUCCGGUCGUUGCAGGAGCAAGUCAACACCUGGCGGUCCAAGUACGAAGCCCUGGCCAAGCUUUAUUCGCAGCUGCGCCAGGAGCACCUGGACCUCCUGCAGACGACUAAGAGCCUGAAGAUCAAGGCCGCGUCGGCGCACGAGGCGAUCGAGCGGCGCGAGAAGCUGGAGCGCGAGCUCAAGACCAAGAACCUCGAGCUUGCGGACAUGAUCCGCGAACGAGACCGUGCCCUGCAUGACCGGGAUCGUCUGACCGGCAACAACAAGGAGGAGGUGGAGAAGGUCAAGCGCGAGCUUCGCUUUGCGCUCGAGCGGGCCGAAAACGCCGAACGCGCCAAGGGCACGGAGAUCUCUACCUUGUUGUCGAAGUAUAACCGGGAGAUGGCGGACUUGGAAGAAGCGCUGAGGAACAAGAACCGCGCCCUCGAGGAGUAUAAUAGCAAGAACUCCGAACGCCAGGGCGACCAGGACGUGGCGCUUCGCGAGAAGGACGAGGAGAUUGAGGUCUACAAAUCGGGAAUGGAACAGGCUCUGAUGGAGCUUGAGGAGUUGAAGCUGAACCAAGGCGAUGCCGACAACGAACUGGACGACCAGAUCGAUGCCGUUCUGCACAGCACAGUAUCGAAGAUCACCGACAUCAUCGACUCCGUGCUCCAGACCGGUGUGCAACGUGUGGACGACGCGCUCUACGAGCUGGACUCCUCCAACCAGGCCGGAAACCAGAACGCCUCGCCCCCCUACGUGCUCUCGCAGAUCGAAAAGGCGUCCGCCUCGGCGACGGAGUUCUCCACGGCCUUCAACAAUUUCAUCGCGGACGGCCCCAACAGCACCCACGCCGAGAUCAUUCGGACCGUCUCCGUGUUCUCGGGGGCGGUGGCCGACGUGCUCAGCAACACCAAGGGAUUGACUCGGUUCGCCAACGACGACAAGAGUGCCGACCUACUGACCAACGGUGCGCGCAAGUCCGCCCAGGCGACGGUGCGCUUCUUCCGGGGGCUCCAGUCGUUCCGGUUGGAGGGCCUGGAGGCGCUACAGAAGACGGACGUGGUCAUCAACAACAACCUGGAGGUGCAGCGGGACCUGCAGAGUCUGUCGAAGCAGGUGGAGGCGUUCGCGCCCAAGAGCAGCAAGCUAACGACGAACGGCGACCUGGGCGACCUGGUGGACAAGGAACUGCUCAAGGCGGCCGAUGCCAUCGACGCGGCGGCGCAGCGAUUGGCCAAACUGAAGAACAAGCCGCGUGACGGAUACUCGACGUACGAGCUGCGCAUCCACGAUUGGAUCCUGGAGGCGGCGAUCGCGGUGACCAACGCCAUCGCGGAGCUGAUCAAGGCCGCCACCGACUCGCAGCAGGAGAUCGUACGCGAGGGGCGGGGUAGCUCGUCGCGCACGGCGUUCUACAAGAAGAACAACCGCUGGACGGAGGGCUUGGUCUCGGCUGCAAAGGCCGUGGCAACAUCGACCAACACGUUGAUCGAGACGGCGGACGGGGUGAUCUCCGGGCGCAACUCGCCGGAGCAGUUGAUCGUGGCCAGUAACGACGUGGCGGCCAGCACGGCGCAGCUGGUGGCGGCCAGUCGCGUCAAGGCAACGUUCAUGAGCAAGACGCAGGACCGCCUGGAGACGGCCAGUAAGGCCGUGGGGGCGGCGUGCCGGGCUCUCGUACGACAGGUGCAGGAUAUCAUUCGGGAGAAGAACCAGGAUGAGACGGAAGCGGUCGACUAUUCCAAGCUAAGCUCGCACGAGUUCAAGGUCCAGGAGAUGGAGCAGCAGGUCGAAAUCCUCCAACUGGAGAAUGGUCUCGCACGGGCCCGGCAGCGUCUGGGUGAGAUGCGUAAGAUUUCGUACCAGGAAGAGUAA